GCGUUCGCGUUCGCGUUCCGUUCGCGUUCAAGCACAUCCCUCUAUUGGCAACGAUGACUUCUCAGACCAUGGUUCCCAAAGAAUUGACCAUCAUAGUGGCUGCCACUGCCCGAAACAUGGGUAUCGGUUGCGCCGGCGAGCUUCCCUGGACCGGCCUCAGGAAGGAGAUGGCAUAUUUUGCACGUGUCACGAAGCGUACCCCAUUGGCUGCUACCCCAAAUCCAGAAUCCCCCAGGCCGGUGAGGAACGCAGUACUAAUGGGUCGCAAGACCUGGGACAGCAUCCCCCUCAAGUUUAGGCCGUUGAAGGGGCGAGUGAAUAUCGUGCUCAGUCGCUCACAUACAACUCCAAAACCGCUUGCGGAGAUCGAUACUGAUGCGGAGCCUUUACGAGUUGCAUCAUUAUCUAAUGCUAUGCAAGCGCUCGAGACUAGCAGCGACAUUGGCAAGGUAUUUGUGAUUGGUGGGGCUGAAAUCUAUCGCAUGGCGAUACAAGAGCAGGCGACCAAGAGGAUUCUGGUAACAAAGAUCCUCUCCGAUUUCGACUGUGACACGUUCUUCCCAAUAUCACUGCCUGGAGACGAUGGCCAAUGGACGGAGAAGGGCAAGGAGGAACUGGACGCUUGGGUCGGCGAGGAUGUUGCCUCGGGAGAACAGGAAGAGAAUGGCAUUAAGUAUGUCUUCGAGAUGUAUGAGAGAGAAUGAAUCCAAGCGUCACAAGCAUGGGCAGACCACUUAUUGUUCAUUACGAUCGCCACAACUAAAAAUG